AUGGAAUCUACACCUGAGUUUAGUAAGUCGAUAACUGCGAAGUAUCCUGGGGAUGAUGAAACUGAAUUCAUAUUUCAUAAGAUUGAACUUAAUGAUAAAAUAAUAUUGAACGUUCAAAUCAACGGUGUCAUGGACACAACUUUCGAUAUUCCAGUAUCUUCAAAGUCGUCUAUCAAUGCUUAUUCUAAUAUAAGUAAUAGUGAAGAUGGGGGGUUAGAGCCUGUGAUACUAAUUGGAGAUCAUAAUAACCUAAAAAUACAAGUGGUUGCAUCUCAAAUUGGGAAACUCGUGCUCGUAUCUUCAGAGCCAAAGAACUUGAUUUUAUCAAUUGGAUCCCGAUGGUUUGGCAAGGGUAAUGAAACUGACGAGAAUGACUUUAACAAAUUGAUGUUUGUUUUAGAUAACGUGAAACAAUUAUUAAAAUAG